GCCUCGCAGAGUAACAGUGGCUGGCGGUUAUGAGGCCGUGGGUGGGGCUUCGCUGCAUACUUAAGUUGCAUCCGACUAUAGUUUCGUUUUUUGAAUUACCUCUAGAAGAAUUAUAGAGAAAUAUAUAUUUGCGGAACAAUCACAUUUCUUUUGGAUCCCUCGUUUACUGCUCUACCAAGUGCCAAAACUGACUCUUAUUGUUAUUUGGGAAGUUGUGUAACGAUGCGUGGCCGCCAGUCCCGUGCAACCGCAUAGAGCGCAGGACGCUGCGGCUCUAGACAUGCUGCACCCACCGUGAAGGUUAGAAAAAAGCCUACAUAAGCACAACAGAGAAGUGGCAACAUUAGGCAGUUUGACUGAUAACUGUACAAGCGUCAUUCAAGACACACGGAAUUGCUCCCCACUUCUGGCGGCGUUUACAGUAACGAACGGCACACGCGUUAUCAGCAUGAUAGCAUUGCCUGUUACUUUCCUGUCGGGAAUGAUAACGCGCAUGCCGUUCGUUACUGGAAAGUACCGGGCUCGCCGCGUUAAAGAAAGGAAAUGCGGACAAGCAGAUGACGAUUAUCGUUGUGUGGCAAAAGGGUGUAAUUAUGCUUAAGAGUGUAUGCUAGCCACCAUACCCUUAGUAUAAACAUAUCUUCUCUGUAAAAAAAAAAAAGUUUAACACAGUGAUUUUCGUCUGGCGACAAAAAAAAAAGUCGCUUCCAAAGAUUGUGCGCAUCUAUAGCCAAGUCGAUCCAUGCCUAAAGCUUCCCAAAAUGGCCGACUGCAUCGUCGAAAUCGUUAAUACACUGUAAUCGUUCACUUGAUUUUUCGCUGCAUUGGAAAUGCAAGCGGUUAAUUUCGCCGAAUGAAAUGUCUCGACGCUUUUCAGCGCCCGUCUCGUGCUUCUGAAAAGAGCUUGCGGUAUUGGCGUGAACAGACAGAGUUCAUCACUUGUGCAUGUGCAAGACAUUGGCGGAGGCAAUACGAACUGCAUUUCUCACUAGCUGGACAAGUCGGAAUGGCAAUGCACCUUGGAGAACAAGACUCGAAUUGUGAAAGCCUGGUGGUUUCACAGAACUUUGUUUUAUGUCAAGAUGGGCUGACACCAUGUCACCUGAUGCUGUCACUCUCUGGAAAUGCCUAUUUUCUGCCUGCCCAGGAGGAGCUCCAAGCAAUAAUCACAGAUCAAAACGUCUGAUUGUGGUAUUCACCCAUUUCUAAUGUGCCAUCUUUAACAAAACUUUCUUGGCGAUUUUCGUAUGCUUUACCGCAUAACACGGAUGUAUUGCAGCGAAGCUGACUUUGGAAAAUUGGUUGCAAUGUGCAACACAUUGGACCCUUGUCCGUUUUUUUAAAAAUAAAAAUUGUGUGCGCAUUUGAUUUCUCUUUCAUUUUAUGGGCUUUUGUCCUUUCUAUGCUAGUUUACACUUUGGACACACAGACAGCGGGCGUGUGUUUCACUCUGGGGCAUGUUAGAAUCUGUACGUAAACCAUGGCAAAUAAAUCAGUCAUGUGUGUUGGCAUUUCUUCUGCAUCUUCUUAAAUUUGACCCACCAGAUAAUUCAAUCUGUUUCAUCAGUCCCGUCAGAGUCGAAUUAACGGAAUGAAGUUAACUGCAUUUUGCUUGCUGCUCAGAAGUAUGAGCUUGAAUAAAUAACAUAGCAUUACAACACAUAGGACAUAAAGGAGACAAAUGAAGUGCUGCAACAUGUGCCAACUUGCCUAAGUUAGCACUAUAUAAGCUUGAACCCAGAUGUGCCAGCUGCAUUAAGGUUGUGACAAAAUGUAAAAUCGCAUGUGUUGGAGACUCAGUAGGUUGGCUUUCCUUCUUGAAAAAGUGUUGCAGAGUGCCUGUUAAGGAUUCACUGAUUGAUGCUGUCAAGCUGUCAACAAGGC